UUCCUGCCGACCCUGGAGCUUCCCUUCCCCUCCAGCCCCGUGUCAGCCCUGGGCUCCCCCCACCGCAGCCCCUACGCUCAGACCCCUGGCACCCCUCGACCAGAAUUUGGCCAGCAGCCGGCUGAGCCCCUCCCUCACCAGUCCCCUCUGAGUUCCCGGCCCUCCCCCGAUCCCUACAGAGACCCCCAGACCCCAGGUACGCCACUGGGCCAGUCCGACUCCUGCUACCGCGUCACCCCCCCCACCCUGAGACCGGACCAGAUCGGCCAGCCGCCCGGCGGCCGACACCCGUCGCCAUCCCACCUCCCCCUCGACUCCUGUGUUUCCAACCCGGGAACGCCCCGCCCCUCGGAGCGGUUCCCCCGCUCACCGGGACCUCAGCAAAGCGCCGACCCGUUCUCCCAGCCUGCAGGGACACUGCGGCCCUCCCCUGAGCUGUACCUGCAGCAGACCUCCACCCCCCGGCCACAGAAGGCCAUGCCAGAGAGCUUCGCCACUCAGCCUGCAGCGCCGGCUUCGUCCCCUCUGGGUCAGGGUCUGAUGCCUGAGGCGGGGACCUUCCACCCUGCAGGCGCCAAGCUGCAGCGGUCCCCAGGACACAAACACGACUCGUUCCCCAGACCCAGCAGCGGCCGGACCUCUGGGGUUCCUGAAGAGGGGACGUUCCACGCAGCGGGUCAGGGCGCCCUGGAGCCGGGUCACACGGCCCAGACGAACCAGUCCGGCGCCGGUGACGGAGCCGUGGGCACGUUGCCUCAGCUUGGAGGCUCUGAGGAGAAGGUGGCGCAGCGCCUGUGGCUCCGGCAGCGCCUCCUCCAGCAGCAGCACCAGAAGAUCGCCUUACGGCAGGAGAAGGGUCUGCUGGAACCCCCCGCUGCUGGAGCUGCUGCUCCGGGGACCUCUCUACACGCCUGGCCCCCGGAGGACAUCUGCUCGGCUCCUGCUGCAGACCCGUUCGGUCGUCCUCCCCCGCCCUACCCGGGCACUGGGAGACCCCCUGCCCCCGGGUUUGCUGGAGGCCUCGCUCCCGCUGAGGCUUUCCCCAGACAGAGUCUGCAUAGAGAUCACGGUGUGAGAGGACCCGCUGUCAGGUUCGGAGCUCCAGCAGGCCUUCAGGACCUCUCGCUGCGUCCAUCCCUGGGGGCUGCUGCUGGGCUCGGCUCGGCUCGGGGACACCUGGACCAGAUGAGGAGACCGAUGGCAGCGGAGUUCACAGGAAUCCGCUCCUUGAUGCCCCCCAACCCGGCCGCCCACAUGGUGCCAGGUGUCCCCCAGCUCGUCGUCCAGCGGCCCGCGCCCCCUCAGCAGCAUGCCGUCAUGCCCUACAUCGAGCUACGACACCGCGCCCCAGAGAACCGCCUGAGGCUACCCUUUCCUCUGCCGGCCCCACAGGAAGCCACGGCAGUGCCCACCAGAGACCCCGGCCAGUCCGCGGCGACGCAGCAGCAGCCGGGGUUGGACCAGCAGCACAUGGGUGCCGGUGCCUCUGCGGUCCCUGGGUCUGUUGGGAUGGAGGAGCACCUGGAAGGAGAGGACUCAGCUGUGAAGGACCUGGAGGACGUGGAGGUGAAGGACCUGGUGGACUUGAACCUGAACCUGGACCCAGAGGAUGGCAAAGAAGACCUGGAUCUGGGGCCUAACGACCUGCAUCUGGAUGACUUCCUGCUGACUGGGAAGUUCGACCUCAUCGCCUACGCUGACCCAGAGCUCAACCUGGAGGACAAGAAAGACAUGUUCAACGAGGAGCUGGACCUAGGGGAGCCGGCGGAGGAGGGGGGCCGAGCCUCCAGGAAGACAGAUGGCCCCGCCCACCUUCUGGGCCAGGCGAAGCAGGAAGUGAAGGAAGCCCAGAGGACCGGAGGUCCCUCAUCACCACCGCUUCCUUUGGCUGCCAGCAGACCUCCAGGAACUCCCUCUGCUCUUCUUAUCAAGGAGAAGCUUGAGGCCUGUGGCUCGGUUUCGGGUCCUGCUCUAGCUGUCCAAGCCCAGGAGCAGGUCCUGUCCUCUGUUCACCGCCUCAUGUCUCCAGGUGAACCAGGUGUCUUCCAGCAGCACCAGGGGCCCCUUGAUUCCUCGCCAGUCCCCCAGUGUCCACUUCCUCCGGGUCAGACUCCUCAGGGUUCCCCCACCAAGACUCCUCUACCUCAACCACUUGUGAACCCCCAGAAGCAGCCUCCUCACACCACCAGUGAAGCCCAAAGUGUGAGCUUGGCCAGGUUUCCAGAGAACCUGGUCCCAGCGCAGAACCAGAACAAGUCCAGGCCGUUGCUGCUGGAAGAGCAGCCGCUGCUUCUGCAGGACCUGCUGGACCAGGAACGGCAGGAGCAGCAGCAGCAGAAACAGAUGCAGGCCCUGAUCCGCCACAGGUCCGGCCCAGAGGCUGGCUUCUCCAACGUGGAUUUUGAGUCCAUCUCGGACCCCAUCAUGAAGGCCAAGAUGCAGGCCCUGAAGGGUAUCAACAAGGUGAUGAGUCAGGGCAACCUGGGCCUGAACCCGGUGGUCAACAACAGAUUCCGGCAGACUUCAGGGGCCCCGGGGCCCGACUCCACUCCUCAGUCUCCUCACCCAGCAGGACAGGGCGGGGCGUUGAACCCUCAGUUGGUGCGUCGCAACCCCCCCAGCUUGGGCCCCGGCUUCAUCAAUGAGUCUCAACGACAGCAGUACGAGGAGUGGCUCGGGGAAACACAACAGCUCCUGCAGAUGCAGCAACGACUCCUCGAGGACCAGAUUGCAGCUCAUCGCAAGGCCAGAAAGUCUCUGUCGGCCAAGCAGAGAACGGCCAAGAGGGCGGGCCGAGUCUUUGCUGAAGAGGAUGCUGCUCAGCUGCGGCACGUCACUGAGCAGCAGGGGACGGUCCAGAAGCAGCUGGAGCAGAUCCGGAAGCAGCAGAAGGACCACACUGAGCUGAUUGAAGACUACAGGACCAAGCAGCAGAGGAUGCUGCAGAUGCCUUCCCAGAAUCCCCUGGGACAACCAACGCCCCCUCCCAAACCCCACCCAGGCGGCCCCACCCUGGGCCCACCUGGCUGGACUCCUGGCUGUAGUCCUCAGGGGCCCGUGGGUCAGAGAAUGCCCCCACAUCUUCCACCCCAGGUCCCCCCCGCCCUGCCUAACAACCCUCCGGGUCAUCCACACCUCCAGACCCCCCCGUCCAUGAGGCCUGUCCUCACCGCUCCGUCUGCAGGAUUCACUGCCAGGCCCCAGGGCCCCUUGGAGGGGUCCACUGGGGCUUCAGGGGACGGAGCCACACCCAAACCUCAGGUUAAGUUUGACGACAACAACCCGUUCAGCGAAGGUUUCCUUGAGCGCGAGAAGCGGGAGCGCUUGAGAGAGCAGCAGGAGCGGCAGAGACUUCAGCUGAUGCAAGAGGUGGAGCGUCAGCGCACCCUGCAGCAGAGUCUGGACCAACAGGACCUCCUCGGCUCUGGAGCAGCUGGGACACGCGUCGCACAGCUGCGAGGACCGAUUCCUGCUGGACCAGCACCAGUCGCCAGCGAGGACGGUGUGGCCGAGAUGCCCUUCUGCACUUCUGAGCCUGGACUGGAUUUCCGUCAAUCGUCUCCGGGCUCCAGACAUCCACCGAAGGUCCAGGGGCCUGCAGGAGGACCGUACAUGGCUCAGGCGAGCCUCCAUCAGGGCUACGCACCAGGAGCGCUGCACCUCGCAGCUUCUGCCGCUGCAGUGGAGAGAGGCAGGGAUGGAGCUGCACCCACGCUCCAGUCCAGGCCGAGGCUGCUGGGACACGGGCAUCCUGCAGGGAUAGGUCCUCACCUCUUUGGACACGAUUCCUCCUCAUCUGGAGGCGCCGCCUCCCUCCUCCCCCUCAGCUCUGACAGCGGUCCUGAAGACAAACCAAAGAACAGCAGAGCAGCCAAUAGAGCCGAACCUCUGUCACCACACUCUGACAUCACAGCCCCGCCCACUCCGGCUGUCUCAGAGUCCUGUUCCACGCCCACCCACCAAUCAGACGUCCCCUUGGACCUAGAGAGGCAGCAAUCAGCGAGCUCUGCAUCCCAGCAGAGAGCCAACUUCCUGGGCAUGGAGGUCCAGAGAGGCCCCCUGGAGGUCAAGGAGGAGCACAGGGAGGCGCUGUCCUGUCGGGGCGUCCCUGUGAAGAUGGAGGAGGCUGGGGGCGACCGGCUGUCCUCCCCCGCCCCUCAGGGGGGGGAUGGAGGGAAGGAGCUGCUCAGACACCUGCUGAGGGACCGGACGCCUCCUGCAGCCUCGCCUACCGGACGCCAGCUGUCCGGUGACGGCCUGCGGUCGGAGGAGGAGGAGGAGGAGGAGGAGGAAGGAGCAGGUUACCAUGGCAGCGUGGUGGCGCUGAUGGACGGCGCUGGUCCAAAGAAGAUCCAGCGCAGCAAGAGACCGACCCGGCCCGACAAAGACAGAGCUCCACCCAAGCCCAAGAGGAGGAAGAGGGAGGAGCAGGAGGAGGAGGAAGAGGAGAAGAUUCUGCACUCCUCCUCCGACUCGCUGAUGACCCAGCUGAGACAGAUGUCGGUGCUGCCGCUCAUGGAGCCCAUCCUGGCGGUGGACCUGAGCCUUUUCCCUCCCUAUGGCAACCUGUCUCUGGGUAGAGACUCCCGGCUGAGGGGCUCCUUUGGCAGCGCCUCCUUGGACGGCGUCUCGGACUUCUACUCCCAGCUCAUCUACAAGAACAACCUGAGUAACCCCCCCACACCGCCGGCCUCCCUGCCCCCCUCCCCCCCGCCUGUCAACCGGCAGAAGAUGGUCAACGGGUCUGCCACAACAGACGAGCUGAGCAAGAAGGACUUCAGCCAGCAGGAAGGCAAAGAGGAGCCGCUUCUCAGCCACGCCUCCAAGACCGUAGACGUGCCGGCGUCCCUGCCAACCCCGCCCCACAACAACCAGGAGGAGCUCAGGGUUCAGGAGCCGUUGGAGUGCCGCAGUCCGGACGGUUAUGUGCCGUCGUCGUCUCCGGACAGCGUGGCGGACAUGGAGGUCAGCAGGUACCCUGAUCUGUCUUUCAUCAAGCUGGAGCGGCCCUCACCCUGCCCGUCGCCUACGUUACCCAUCAUCCCCUGCGCCCGGGGAAAAGGCCUGGCCGUGAAACAGGAAGUGAAGGCGGAGCCUCACCUGCCGGCUCAGUCCACCUGCGCCAACACAGACCUGGUUACCAUCGCCAUCACGCUGAGCCCGGCUGCCUCCCAGAACGUUCCGGGUGUGAUGGCGGCGGUGGCGGCGCUCCUGAGGGUCCCCGGCCCCAUCAGCUACCAGCUGAACCGAGUGGCGGGUCUGGAGCGGAGCUCCUUGGCCCUGCUGGGCGGGGUCCGCGUGCCGCAGAUGCAGGGCUCACCAGCCGGCAGAUCGCAGAGGGCGGCGCCCGCGGCAGGAAACCAGCCGGGCCGCUGCAGCCGCUGUAGGGGGCUGCUGGGAAACGGAGUCCACUACAAACGGGACGGCGAGUCCAAAGACGGAUCCGGCCUGGUGUUCUGCAGUCCCACCUGCUCAGUUCUGUUUGGGUCGGAGCAGCAGAACCGCUCUGCGCACGCUAAGCCCGCUGUCCCGGUGCUGCUGAGCGGUUCUGAGUGUGCGCCUCCUCUCAGCAGAACUCAGCACCAGUACACCAAUAACGUGUCCUCCAUCACUGUCCACGCUCUCCCGCGCACUCCUUCAUCGUCCUCCUCUUCCUCUUCGCCACCACUCGCCUUUCCGCCCGCCUCCGCCAUAACCAUGGAGACGAGGCCCCGCCCCGACAGCCUCAAGGUUAAAGUGAAGUUAAAGCCCCGCCCACGGACUGUGUCAGGUGACGACUCUGUGUGUUCUCAAAGCGUGAAGAAGAUGAAGUUUUCUCGCUGGCGUCGCUGGAGCUUCAGCAUCACACUCAGCAGGGGUCCGUGUGCUCCUAACGAGGCGGCCGCCAUGCCAACAGAGGAGGAAGUGGAUGAGCUUCUGAAGAAGUUUGGCUCCUGUUUACGUCUUGACCCUCUCCCUAAAGACCAGCGGCGCUGCUGUUUCUGUCAACAGCAGGGAGACGGGCUGACCGACGGACCGGCCCGACUGCUGAACCUCGACCUGGAUCUGUGGGUGCACCUGAACUGCGCGCUGUGGUCCAGCGAGGUGUACGAGACUCAGGCGGGCGCCUUGAUAAACGUGGAGCUGGCUCUGAGAAGGGGGCUGACGCUUCGGUGCGCCCACUGCGAUCGCCCCGGCGCCACCACCGGCUGUAACCGGCUGCGCUGCACCAACACCUACCACUUCACCUGUGCCCUGCAGGCCCACUGCACCUUCUUCAAGGAUAAGACCAUGCUCUGCCACCUCCACAAGCCCAGGACCAUUCUUCUGAGUGGAGACCGGUCGUCCAGCUCCUCCCCCUUCUCCACGCCCGGCCCGACCCCUGACCCCGCUCCGUGCUCGGACCCGUACGACUCGGAGCUGCGUUGCUUUGCCGUGUUCCGCCGGGUCUUUGUCCAGCGAGACGAGGCUCGGCAGAUCGCUGCUAUAGUGCAGCGAGGAGAGCGGCAGCACACCUUCCGGGUGGGCAGCCUGCUGUUCCGAUGCGUCGGCAGGCUCCUCCCACAGCAGAUGGGCAGCUUCCACAACCAGACGGCCAUCUUCCCGGUCGGCUACCACGCCAACCGCUUCUACUGGAGCAUGCGACACAGCAACAGACGCUGCAAGUACAUGUGCUACAUCGAGGAGCAUGACGCCCAGCCGCUGUUCAAGGUCAAGGUGGUGGAGAAAGGACAUGAAGACGUGGUUCUGACGGGACCCACACCCAAAGCCGUGUGGGCCCAGAUUCUGGAACCAGUGGCCCAGAUGAGGAGCUCCAGUGGGACCCUGAAGCUGUUCCCUGUUUACCUGAAAGGAGAAGAUCUGUUUGGCUUGACCACGUCUGCAGUGACCCGGAUCAUCGAGUCUCUGCCCGGCGUGGAGGCCUGCGAGCGCUACACCUUCCGUUACGGCAGGAACCCGCUCAUGGAGUGGCCUCUGGCGUUCAACCCGUCGGGCUCGGCUCGCUCUGAACCCAAAGCCUGUCAGGCCAAGAGGCCGUACCUGCUGACCAGCAUCGCUCCCAGAUGUCAGGGCUCGGUGGGCUCCAUCGUCGGGCUCGUUCCUGGAGUCCUGUCCCUGUCUCCCGGCGAGUCUGUGGCCGGUACCCAUCAGAGCCGCCACUCCAAGUCGGCCCAGUACCGUCGCAUGAAGGCAGAAUGGAAGAGCAACGUGUACCUGGCCCGCUCCGGCAUCCAGGGACUGGGAUUGUACGCUGCCAAAGACAUCGAGAAGUGCACCAUGGUCAUCGAGUACAUCGGCACAAUCAUCAGGAGCGAGGUGGCCAACCGCAAGGAGAGGCUCUACGAGGCCCAGAACCGAGGCGUGUACAUGUUCCGGAUCGACAACGACUACGUGAUCGACGCCACCAUCACCGGAGGGCCGGCCAGGUACAUCAACCACUCGUGUGCUCCGAACUGCAUCACAGAGGUGGUGACGGUGGAGAAGGAGAACAAGAUCAUCAUCAGCUCGUGCAGGCGCAUCCAGAGAGGAGAGGAGCUCUGCUACGACUACCAGUUUGACCUGGAGGACGACCAGCACAAGAUCCCGUGUCACUGUGGAGCUGUGAACUGCCGCAAGUGGAUGAACUGAGUGCGUGUGGUUGCUGGCCCUCCCUGUGGGCGGAGCUAAUGACAUCAUCAUCAUCAUUAGAUCAGAGGAAAUAGUCUAUACUGUGUAAUUGAUUUACAGAUGGGGCGGGCAUUUAUGUUGUGGGUGGAGCUUACCAAGAGGCUGGUCCUCGGUGUAAAUUGCGUGUAAAUGUGAGUGUAAACGCCACUGAAAUAAACGAAUGUGCCGUCGUCCUUUAACUUGCACUAAAACACAAGAUGACAUAAAAAAACACACAAACCUACCUGAUUGGUCCUUCCCUGCUUCUCCUCCUCAUCAGUUUCCUGUAAAAUAAGAGAUUUUCAUCUUUUUGUAUUUAUUACCUAAUGAAGCUAUUUUCUAAAACUGCAGUGCAUUCGAGGUCCAGCGUGGCAGCGUGUAAAUAUCUGUACCAUAACUAAAAAGACAGAGAAGACGUUUAGAGCCCCCCCCCCCCACCCCCCCUUAACCAGAGUGUGGGCUGCGACGCUCUCUAAGUCCUGCUGCCGUGUAGAAACCCAGUUUCACUCAGGCUCUGCUGAUGUGUACAGGUUGAUGUCAUGAAGCCUUGGUUCUGUUUUUUUUUUUUUUAUAAAUGGAUGUAAGCAAACUGAUCUUUUUGGGGAAAUAUGGUGAAUUUGAUUUAGAAUCAUUUACAGAAAAUAAAAUAUUUUACAUCUUAAA